AUGGGAGUUGCAAGCUCUCCAAAGGAACUAGAAGAGGUCGUGGAGGCUCGCAAGAAUUUCUCAGACAAUAUGUCAAAUUACAAAGCCAGUGCGGAUCUCCUUUGGCGUAUGCAGUUUCUAAGGGAGAAGAAGUUUGAGCAGAAGAUUCCACGAGUUAGAAUAGAGGGUGCAGAGAAAAUAACGUAUGAAGAUGCGAGAACGGUAUUGAGAAGAGGAAUACUCUAUAUGGCUGCAUUUCAAUCAGAUGAUGGACAUUGGCCUGCUGAAAAUGCUGGUUGUAUAUUCUUCAACGCACCAUUUAGCAUCGGAAAGAGAUGCUGCGUUACUUGUACAACCAUCAGACCAGGAUGGUGGGUGGGGAAUAGCCACAGUUUUAUAUCCUGUACGGUUAUCAACUACAUCUGCCUAAGAAUGUUUGUAGAACCCGAUCAUGAUGGUCAACAAAGUGCUUGCGCAAGGGCUCGUAAAUGGAUCCUUGACCACGGUGGUGCUACUUAUACGUCAUUGUUUGGAAAGACUUGGCUUUCGGUUCUUGGUGUGUACGAAUGGUCUGGCUGCAAACCGAUACCACCAGAGUUCUGGAUCCUUCCUUCUUGGUUUCCUAUUAGUGGGGCUACAUCAACAUCUCUCAUUCUACAGCUUCGUGAAGAGCUUUAUCCUCAGCCUUAUACAAAUAUUGUUUGGAGACAAGCUCGCAAUCAAUGCGCAAAGCCUUUCAACAAGCUCAUAAGAGAAAAGGCUAUCCGAACUGCAAUGGAACUCAUUCACUACCAUGGCGAAGCAACCCAAUACAUUACUGGUGGAGCUGUGCCAAAGGUGUUUUAUAUGCUUGCUUCUUGGGUUGAAGAUCAAGAGAGUGAUUAUUUCAAAAAACAUCUCGGUCGAGUCCCUGGUGUUGAUGUAUUAUUGACUGGCUUGAGAACCUGCUGGAGCAAGACAUGUUUCAAUGGUUGUGACAUAUGA